AUGCUGGCACGUUAUGAUUCUGAUUUACACAAUCAUUUAGAGUCUUCAACUGCUUUCCGUGGUUCUUCUCCUGACAUCCAAAAUGAACUGAUACAUUCUAUAUCUGAAUUGACGACAAUGGAAAUUAAAAAGGAAAUUUCAAAGGCUAAUUAUGUCUCUUUAAUUCUUGAUGAGACUUCAGAUGUGAUGAAUAAGUGUCAGUUGGCUUCAGUUCUUCGAUAUGUGACAGCUGAUGGCAAUGUUGAAGAAAGGUUUCUGCGUUUUACAGACGUGAGCUCUGACCGUUCUGCCAAUUCCUUGUUUAACCAUGCUCUUGAGAUUUUAAAUGAUUUUGAAUGUGGUCCCAAACUCAUUGCACAGACUUAUGAUGGUGCUGCUGUUAUGGCAUCACAACAUGCAGGAGUACAAGCAAAAAUUCGUGCGUAG